AUUCAAGGAUUUGUAUAAUAAAAAUGUGCAAUAAUCAUGAUAAAUGACUAUUGUUGUUGUCUAGUUUAGAAUAUUACGCGAUUUUAGAAAGUUAGAAUAGUAGCCUAUGCUAUAUAUUAAAAUGAAAAAAAAAUAUAUAUAUUUCAUCCAGUACACAUACAUUCAAGAGAAGUGAUCAAGGCAGGGCCGAGGGUUUACCAUAUAAUCCAUUGCUCAUUAAAGUAGCAUAAGUUUGGGAUAAAAUGUUCUUGUUUACCAUAAUGCACUGAGCCAUGGUUAAAAGGUAAAUAUUCUCAACCAACAUGGAACAGGCCUUUCUGUUUGCAAAGAGGUAAAAAGGCGGAAAAGAAAAGGGAUCUGAACCGGUUUCCAUGUCAAACACUUCAAUUUUCCAUAGAAACUCUGAUCUUAACGCAGAAACUUUAUUAAACCUUGAUGGUGGAUUGAUAAGGCCGAAUUUCUAUCGGUUCCUUUUUAUUGUGGAGACAGGGAGGGAUGACAGAGGUAAAUUGCUCUUUUAAUUAAACCAAUGCACCGAAGGAAAUUGCUGUCUGAAUAUUGUCUCAGAGAUAGGGCUUGUGACAGUUGCCUGGAAACUUCAAUCUGUCUCGCAUUUAUUCCAGAUCACAGUUUUGAGAUAAAGUUUAAUAAAAAUCUUUGCGCCAAUGAAAGCCUACCCUUUCACGUCCUCCACCGCCACCACAAUGCGACAGAACUGCGGAGGAAGCCUUAUGUUUAACAUGUAUCUCUCAGACCCUACAGAAAAUCUUUUGAAGGAAAGUAAAGGCUCUUCUUGGACCCCCAUCAACACAGGAGUGCAAAAAGGAAGUGGACAAAUCCAGCUAUGGCAGUUUCUUCUGGAGCUGCUGUCUGACAGCGCCAAUAUGACCUGCAUCGCCUGGGAGGGCACCAAUGGAGAGUUUAAACUGAUAGACCCAGACGAGGUGGCCAGACGGUGGGGGGAACGCAAGAGUAAACCGAACAUGAACUAUGACAAACUGAGCCGAGCUCUGCGCUAUUACUACGACAAAAACAUCAUGACCAAGGUGCACGGAAAGCGUUACGCGUACAAAUUUGACUUUAACGGCCUGGCGCAAGUGUGCCAGCCCUCCUCAACCGAACAAGCUAUUUACAAAUUCCAGAGCAACUUCGCUCCCCUCCAGUUUUCAGGCAUUUCCAAACUCAGUCUGGUUGCUCCAGGUGCUGGUCCGUCGGGGUUCUCAUACUGGCCCGGAUCUCACCCGACCCUCUAUCACAGCCACAACCUGCAAGCCCCAGGACCCUUCGGUGCCGUGUCUGCGUCACAUAUAAGCUGCGUAAACAAUAUCAACAGUUUAAAUAACCUGAAUAAUAUCAAUAGUCACUAUAACUGAUUGUUUUCAUUCGCCUCAGGAGUGCGCGCUGAUAAACUAAGGCUAAUAGGGCCUAUUCAAAAGCGCAACUGAUUGAAAAACAUUGUAGACUAAUAAUCCAAUCAUAACACAGAUAACAAAAAAGAAAAUAAAAAAAAGAAAAGAAACUGCGAUUAUUCGGCUCAAAGGGUAAUUUGGAAAUAACAUUUGGUGGAUUGUUAAUGUAGAUCACUUUAAGAUAAGAAAGGAAUUUAGCGCCAUCUUAUGGAAAAUAGCACUAUCACUGGUUAAAUCGACAUUAAAAUCAACUGGUUCGUCGUAGACUGCAGAAUGGAACGCUAUGUUGGAGAAAAGUCUACAUGGUAUGAGAACAAAUGGUAAGAAGCAAAAUAGAAGAGUUGAGAUGCAAAAGCCUCUAGGCUAAGUACCACCUGAAAUGUUCUUCUAAAAUGCUCAUUUUCUCAGGCUCUCAAGUGUAGGUUCAGUAAUUUCUCUUUAAUUGCAAUGGCUAGGCUAUGUUAUUUUCAUUGCCAUCAAUGUGAAAUAACUGAACAUAGGAGACAGAAAAAAUUUAAUUUUAGAAGAAUAUUUCAGAUGACUCUUCGAGGCUUUUACAUCUGAACUCUUCAAAUAUGUUCGCUACUAGCUACACUUUUGUAAUCGAGCAUAGUUAACACGUAUGUAAAGCGCUUUGAUAUUUCGUUAUUUCUUUAACGUCGACAUUGACUCGUGGACGGUGUCUGAAUUUUGGGCAUAGGGCUACAUUUUAAGAAAAAUAUGUCCUAAUAAACCCUAAAUAUUUUUUUUUCGUAUGGUCCAUUUAAGCACGCAAAGAUCACCAGUCUGUGUCCUUGCCAUGUUUUCACUCAACUGAUUAUUUAGUUAUAAUAUUAGUUAUAAUAUUUUAAUAUUGUAUUUUGCUUGUGACGUACAUUAAAAUGGUUAAUGUAAAA